UCAGUCGACUGGACGCCUCCGAACGAGACUCGUCGCCUCAUCGCCGUUGCUGCAGUUUGACUUCGACUGGAAACAAAAAUGAAAGAAAUUUGGCUGUGCUUUCUUUUUGCAGUGGCCGCAAUCUGUGCCCAGCAGGGGGGAGUUGCUGCUUUAACUCAGGUGCCCUGCGAUCUCCGCGAGACACCGCAUGGCAGUGUUUGUGUGUGCAACAGCACCUACUGCGAUUACUUGGAGCAGCCGGAACUGAACGAUGCCUCUAAGGUUGUGGUGAUUAGCUCAAGCAAGGAUGGUCUGCGCUUUAAAGUAACAACUGGUGACCUUUCCAUUAAGACGCCUUUGGUGGUGGAAGACAAACAGUCGACUGAUGAGAACUUUCACGCGGAGGCCAUUGUUGUGGACCAGCACAGAGCCUGGCUGAAUUUGGCAAGCAUUCCGCAGCGAUUGUUCAUCAAUGCCAGCGUCAAGACUGUAAAAGUUUCGGUGCAACGGGAGCUGCGUUUUCAGAAUGUAUCCAUAUUUGGCGGUGCCUUCACUGGAACUGUCUCGUAUUUGAUUCAACAGUUGCCACCAGACCUGCAGGAUCAUGUCUACAAAUCCUACUUCCACAGGGAUGGCAUUGCCUACAACAGCAUCCGCAUGUCCAUAGGAGGAAGUGAUUUUGAUAUGGAACCCUGGGCCUACAACGAGCUGCCACGAAAUGAUGCCAGCCUAUCGAAUUUUACUCAGCUCGAUCCAAGGGAUCUGCAGAAAAUUGAACAACUGAAGCGCCUCAAGAGAGUGGCUCAACUGGAGAAGCUGAAAAUAAUGGCCGCUGCCUGGAGUGCGCCUCCCUGGAUGAAGACCAACGACCGCUGGACAGGCUUUGGCCAGCUAAAAACGGAAUAUUACCAGACCUGGGCCCUCUAUCAUCUCAAAUUUCUCGAACUGAUGCAGUCUAAAAAUAUGCCGAUUUGGGCCAUAUCCACUGGCAAUGAGCCGCUAAACGGCGUCAUCGGUUUCUUCUUUGUGCAUUUCAUGAGCAUGGGCUGGACGCCCUGGCAGCAGGCAAUAUGGCUGAGCGAUCAUCUAGGGCCGACCAUUAGGAACUCGACGCAGAGGCCCGUGCUGAUCUUUGGCAACGAUGACCAGCGGUACACGUUUCCCUCGUGGUUCCGCAAGAUGCGUUCAUCGCGCAGCAGUGCGUUGUCGUAUUUGGAUGGCCUGGCCGUCCACUGGUAUUGGGAUGAGCUGGUUGGUCCCCAGCUCAUUGACCAGGCACACCAGGAAAUGCCCAAUAAGCUGCUGCUCAACACAGAGUCCUGCCUUGGCGACAAGCCCUGGCAGACGCACGGCCCCGAGCUGGGCAGUUGGCAGCGUGGCGAGAAUUACAUGCGUGCCUACAUCCAAGAUUUUCAACACAGCUUCAAUGGUUGGCUAGACUGGAAUCUAGUGCUGGACGAGCAGGGCGGACCCAACUAUGUGAACAACUUUGUGGACGCACCGAUAAUUGUGAAUGCGACGAGUCGAAGUGAGAUGUACAAGCAACCGAUUUACUAUGCCAUCGGGCACUUCUCCAAGUUUCUGCCGGCGCAAUCGGUGCGCAUCGAGACGCGGAUCGAGGGCGAAAACAAUUCCUUUACGCAGUUAAGUGUAGUGGGCUUCCAGCGCCCAGACGGCAGUGUGGCGUUGAUCGUCUACAAUGGCCAAAAUCUGCCAGUGGAUGUGGCGCUCAACGAUAGCCAAAGUGGUCCAUUUAAUCUACGCCUUCCGCCCCGCUCCUGGCACACAGUGCUCUACAAAUGAGAGUUCCAGGAAGUGUAUCGAGUGGGGGUUUUGAGAUAAGUUAGGUAAGGUUACGGAGUCCAGCUGCCGCUGCCCAAAGGACCAAUUAGGAUAGACGACAUGUCUCAUGUUUGCGCUACAGACACCACAGCUCAAGUGACAACAAAACGGAAGCCAAUAAAUUCCCCUCAACAGGAUGGACAUGUGGAUGAGGAUGCAAGGAUGUAAUGCUCGCUUGCAAGCAUCUCUAUGUCUCUAUGACAACGGAAAUUUGUUUAAGCUGCUCAAUUUGCCGUAACGCGUCUGUUUACAAUGAAAUUUCAUGUGCCGUUUAAUGCUCUUUCCCGCCUCUCAAACAGAACCCGAAUCUGUUUUAUCUGUGGAACGGCAAAGUACAAACGGCAGCAUCUAUAUUUCGGAUCAAGUUGACUGACAACUGCCAGUCGAGCGGCAACAACCGAAAAAACAUCUCUGGCAUGCAUAUUUUUGUAGUUCUACUCUAGGAUUUAGUUUCUGUUUUUUUUUGUGUUGUUCAAUAUAUGCUCUAUAAAUAUGAUUGUCAAUUGAGCGCUAA